UGUCACCUUAAAAUAUCUUCUCUUAAAAAUGUUCUGAUAAGAAUUUUCAUUCCUGUGCGAAGUUAAAUAUGAAAUAUUCGCCAGAAUUUGCUGUUUUGCAAAGCACUUUUAAAUUGUUUGAGAAAUUUAUUAAAGAAUCAAAUAAAGAUCUUUCUUCACUUUCCAAGAAAUGCUGUCAACAGUUCAGUCCUGUACUUGUUGACACAAUCAAUGAAGUAUGCAAUGGUUUGAUGGCAGACAACGAUUCUGGUUUUACAAAAGAACACUGGCAAUUCACUUUACAUUUAGUUAUCUUCCUGAAACUAAUUGCUCACAAACAACUGGAAGAAGAGUCUCUUUGGAAUCAGUUACGGGAGGAGAAUGUCUGUAAGGACACAGAUUUGCUGGCCAUUGCUCAGACAGUAUUGCCACACAUUGCUCCUGUUGUGUACUUUGAAUUAGUGACGAGCUGCAACUGGGAAGGAUAUUAUAUGAGGAACCUUAUUCUGCUGGAUGAAGCUGAUGUUCACAGUCUUAUUAGAAAAAUGUUACAGUAUUGUCUGGAGGAGCCUCAAUCAUUAAAAGACAUCCCUUUGCUUUCCUCUGUUACAAUGAUGGUUGUCAGGACAUGUCUCCCAGAAGUUAUCCUUGAUGUUUCACAACCCUUAAUCAAAAGAAAGUUUGCUACAUCAUGUUUUCUGCAAAGCCUCAAGCUGAAGUCUUUUAUCGAUAUGAUGAAUGCCAAUCCCAACUUAUUAAAUGAAAUUCUUCAAUGCCUCAAAGAGUUACUGUUGUUAUCCACUUGUCAUUCUACAGAAUCUAAACCAAAUCCUGGCAUUGCUCAUGCUUCUCAGACUGAUGGUCUUUUCUUUCAUCUCACAUGUCUCUGGGUGGCCUUCUGCAGCACACACUAUGAUAUUCAUAUCAAGCUUAUUGAUCUUAUGAAUGACAUGGCUGUGCAAGAAGUGAGAGAGAUGGCAUAUCCUGAUGUUGCGCAAAAUGUAUCCCAGUAUUUACAAAAGGAAAAUGAUUUAGAAUCACUUAUGGAAAUGGAUAGCUCUGUAAAUGAGUUCUUUCAGAAAAUCCCAUCUCUUUUUGAAUUUAAUAGCUGCAUUUCUACAGCUCCAGAUCCCAGACUGCUCAUAGAAAACAUCUAUUUGUAUUUAAAAUGGAGAGCAAACCUUGAAGAUCCAAAACCCUUACAAGAUUUUGACAUAUUUUCUGUUGAUAAAUGUAGUGACAUUUUCCAUUCUCUUCUUCUAAAACUUACUUGUACAAACACCUUGGUGGAAGAAUCUCCAGAACUUUUGAAACAUGUUGAGUUUAUUACUCAGUAUUUUGGCCAGAACAUGCACUCAUUGUCAUCCUCUGAUAACAAGCAAUUUCUAAACUUAGAUCCCCCGUCUGUUGAGAGAAACCCUUCAGAUGUUUUUCUUGAGAUGUUUGCAAACAGAAAAAUUGACGAUUGGAAAGACAAGAGAUUUUUUGAAUAUAUAAAUACACACAAAAAUUUACUGUCUCAGAAGAAGCAACUGUUGUCCUUAUGGGAAGGCAUAUGUUGGUUGGCUUCCCUAAAUGAAGAAAGAACAGUCACAGAGAAGUAUCUGCAGGUGUUGCUGAAUGCUUUUGCAUCCCUUCCAUCAUUUCUGCAAGAUGACAUCAUAUGCCAAACUUACCUUGCUGUAGAUCAAGAAGAAAAUAGACCCUGGUGGCGAAGAAUGUCUAAUUUCAGGCAGCCAUUCACAAUGGAAUUGAAUAAACUUACUGAAAUUAAAGACAUAAAGAUUCCUUACAAAAUUUCCCAGUAUGCUUUGUUGGAUGUCAAAUCAAUAAUAAAGAUCUCUGUUGCCACUGCUCUCAGAAAUCCCAAACAAAUGGAUGUCAUCGUUAAAAUGUUGCAGCUGUUACCAAAUUCUUGCAAGUCUAAGAAACGUUAUACAACCAUUGAAGAUGAAGAUCUACUAUCAGAGAGUCUUCUUGGUUCUCAGCUAUUUGAAAUUACCUCCUCAGAACCAAUGGAUGAAAAACAGCAAAAUACUUUCAUUAAACUUUUGCAGCAGCUUUUAACACCAUUUUCCAUAGGUGUUUGCCAAAAAUAUGGAAUAAAACAAAUUCUCCUGCAGACUACUGAAAUUCUCAGAAUUUAUAUCCUACCACAUCUUCAUUUACUUACUUCAACCGACUGCCACCUCCAUAACCCUGUCUCGCUGUUACAUUUGGCAUCAGUUGUGUUCAGCUGUGAAGAAUCCCAGAUUAAAUCGUGUCUUGACAACAUACAGCUCCAUGUUGUCCUUCUACAGUUCUGUUAUGCAUUGAAUGACUGCACUGAAUUCUGGGAAGAUGUCAACCAAGCAAAACAAUUGGUCAACAUGAAAGCACUGCUGAUUAGUUUAAUAGAUCAAGUGGUUGAGAUCUUGAUUAACAAUUAUACUCUUGUUCAAGGAAAUAUUGUGUUGUGGUUGAAAGAAGAAAUAAAAUCUUUGGACUGGACAGUUAAAUUCAGACUUAGGAAGCUGUUGUGUAAAAAUGAGAAUGAUGUGAACCAGUCAAUUUGCUGUCAAUUCCUCAAGACACAGAAUUUACUACAUGACUGUGAUCUUUCUCAAACAUUGAACCUUCUGAGAUUUGUCAGUAUUGAUGAGGAAUUUUGUCAAGAGAUGAGUGAACAUUUCCCUAGCAAUUUACAUCUAAGCAGAGAUCAUGUUUGUCUAGCUUUGGCUCAGCUAAUUCCUAAUUUGUUAAGUUCAGAAUGUAUUCUGGUUUGUCAGUUUUUGAAGCAUCUUUUACACCAGAAACAACUUGUUGUGCCUUGUCAAGCAAAUUUUCUCCCAGUUGUACCUUUCUUUGAUAUUACAGGUUUACAAGAAUAUUCUGGAUUGUGUCAGAUUCUUAUUGAUUCUGCAGUUCUUCAGGGUCCACUAGAUGCCAAUAGUAGCAGACAUGUGCUCAACAAUAUUCUAGCUGUGAUUAGAAAACUAAUUCUUUCAGAAAAUGUUCUCAACCAAACUACAAAUGUGAUGUUUGCCAUUUUGGUAAUUUCCCAGACAUUUUCAAAUUUAGUUUUGAUCCUUAAGUUUCUGCCAUGGUUUAACAGUGAAACCGUAUUGCUAUAUCUUGUUGAAACCACAUCAUUUUUAAACUCCUAUGCAUCUCUUUACUUUGAUCAAACAUUGAAACUGGAAUCUGGUGGUAUUCAUUUCCAAACGAAAACAAACAAUCUAGAAAAUUCGAAAACUUCAGGCAACAAAGAAGAUUUACAAGAAAUAUCAAUGGAUUUAAUAUCAGUGAAUGAUUCUAAGAUAAGUGCCUCUUUUGUGUGUCAUCUUUUGGACUCAAUGUUUGAUCUUCUCACUGUUCUAAAAGAAUCGCAAAUAAAAGAAUCUCUCUCUAGGAAUAUUAAAAACAUUCAAGAAAAAUAUGAGGUAUUUUGGUAAAAAAAAUAAAGUAAAAUAUUUAAUUAAAAAA